AGCGAGAAGAUGGCGAGUGCGGACAAGGCCUUCCCGCGGCGCUACGAGUCCUCCGCCAGAGAACCCAGAGACGCUUUCCACGGGUCGGACGGCGGAAAAUACGGGAAGGAGUCCAAAUAUGACGACCCGCCGCACUCCAGACUGUUCAUUGUGUGUGGAAAAUCGAUAACGGAGGAGGAUUUUCGCGAGAGUUUCUCCAAGUACGGGGCGAUCGAGGAGAUCUGGGUGGUCAAGGACAGGAACACCGACGAGCCCAAAGGCGUAACUUAUAUAAAGUUUUCCAAGACCUCCGAAGCGGCGCUGGCCAUGGAGGAGAUGAACGGGAAGUGUAUAGGGGGGCACCCGAGACCACUCAAGGUCCUCAUCGCACACAGUCGUGAGCAAGGAUCGCGGAGAGACAUGAACGAGGAGGAGAGGCUCCUGCGGCUGUUUGUUGUUGUGCCAAAGUCGCUGGGGGAAGCUGAGCUCAGGGAGCAUUUUGUACAGUUCGGCGACAUUGAUUACGUCUCCAUCGUUCGGGACAGGAAUACUCGUGACAGCAAAGGCUUCGCCUAUGUUAAAUAUCACAGGAUGUCACAUGCGGCAAAAGCCUUCGAGAGCUGUGAACGUACCUUUAAGCCAGUUUUUGCCGACCCCAAGCCCCAGAAGUCAGACGGGCUGAAGUUUGAAGGUGGGGGCCGGGACCUCAGAGAUCUGCGGGGCAGUGAUGGCUAUGGGGGAGGGUACUCGUCAGGCCCGCUCACCCCCCACCACAAUAACCAUCAUUCACCGUUUGACGCCAUUUCUUACAGUGAGUUGGACACAAGUGGGCUAAAUCCCGAGGGUGUGACGCGGCUGACAGUUAUCGCUUCGCCUACCCUCAACCAGGACCAGCUAUGGAAGUUGUUUGACCUAAUCCCUGGUCUCGAUUACUGCGACCUGAGGAAAGACCGCAAGUCUGGACAGAUGAUUCACCAUCAGGCGCGUGGAGUGGCAACCGUGGUGUAUAACAACAUUCAGUCCGCUACCUAUGCAAAGGAGAAGCUACAUGGGUUUGAGUAUCCCCCUGGACAGCGGUUGAUUGUCAAGCUUGACCAUCACGACAUGCCACCUGGUCCCCCUCCGAUGAUGCCUGGAACCCCUGGUGGCCCUCCCUUCGCUGGCCUACCUCGCGUUGCUGGAGCACUCGCCUCGCACAACGGCACUAUGGGAGGAAGUCCCCCAGGAGGCAUGGCCGUGGCACCGCAGUCGGCAGUGUCGGGCGGACAACCCAACAGCAACAUUCAGCAAAACCUGGCGCAGUUGGCUGAGACCAUCGCUCAGGCCACGUCACUCAUACAGGCUGCAGGGCUGAAUCAAGGAUCAGCAGGGCACAACAACAUGGGCACUCAAGGGCAGACAGGCGGUGGCGAGACGUAUGACCCAUCCUACUGCUCGGUCAAAUUACCCCCCCCACAGCCCCUUGCACCCGUGGACUCGGCAGUGGCAGAAAGGUUGUUUAUUGUGUGUCAUCCGUCACCUCCUCCAAUAUAUGCAUUGAAGGAUGUCUUCGGGAGAUUCGGAAACCUUAUCGAUAUUUAUAUGCUGAACGGAAAAACUUUCGGAUAUGCUAAAUAUGCUAGCAAAGAUUCCGCAGAUAAGGCAAUUGUGGUGUUACACGGACAGGAAGUACUUGGGUCUCGUUUAAAAGUAAUGGAAGCAGAUCCACACGACAAAGCAGACUCGGGUCGCAAGAGACUACGCAUCGAUGAUCAGAGUUGAGCAUCCCUGCCACGAGCAGAGUGUUGACAUCGUGACUACGCCGACUACACUACGGACAGUUACGGACAGCCAACACAGCGACAUACUACUACCCUAACCAACCAACGAUCCAACAAACCAACCCCCUGUAACCUUUUUAGACAUCCACCAACAGUCAUGCUCCCAGUGACGUCAAAACACUUCAUUGUAUCAAAACUAGCCAAUGACUGGGCCCCCAAAGGCCGAUGUGUACGAGUGACUUCACAGGUGACCUUCUAGGGAUUAGGUACAUGAUGUCUAUUGUGUAUAUGUGAAUGGUCCUCCUUCCUCACCCUCCCUCUCCCCCCCCUCUCCCUCACAUCACCAUCCAGAUUUCCCCAAGCUCCUCCUCCCCUUCCCCUUCCAAAUGCCAUAGUCCCUCUAAUAGUACCCCUGCCUUCUGUCAGAAUUGAUAGCUGUGGGAACUUUUAUUUCUUAUUUUAUUUUUAUUAUUGUUAUUACUUUUUUUUUUUUCCUCAAGAGAUUAAGCAAGGUGUAGGUGUAGGUAUUGUGAAUUUUGAGUACUUCAUGUUGUUGUGGUGAGAAUUAAUGAAUGGAUGGUUUUCACAGUUCAUGAAGGAGAGCCAUAACUAUCAUGGCUACAAAAAGUAUUAGGUGUAGUUUAGAUUGUGAACCACUAUUUGGUAAGAUAUAUAUAUGAUCAGUUUUGUACCAAGUGGAUACCUCAGUAUUAGAAGUAAAUGUAUACUAUUCCUACACUGUCCCUGUAUAUCAUGAUACCAAAAGUAUGGUUCUAGUGUUCAAAAAUCUGUAUAAAUUGAUGUAUACAAAUGAUUAAAAAGAAGCAAGGUGUUUUGUAAUUGCACUGGAAACUGUUGUUUGAUCAGAUAUUCAAUGAAAGUUCUCAAUAGAAUUCUACUGUUUAUAAUGACUCGGUACAUUGUUGUAAAAGCCAAGGGUUUGUAAAUUUGGGGAAAAAAAAAAGGAUGAAAAAGAAGAUACAGUGAUGAAUAACCUCAGAACACAUUUUCAGAAGUGCCCUGUAAAGAAAUAUAUAUAUAUAUAUCCUAACCUUAAUCGCUAGAGCCUAUAAUAGUGUCACCCUCCACCCCCUUGCCCUGUUUCCCCCAUGUAACCGACUACAGUAUGGUGUGGUAGUGACUGGUAUCUCAUGACCUCAUCUUAUACGAACAAGGCCUGUAGGACUUUCGGUUUGGUGUGUCGAUUUCACAUUCCAUUUCCACCUACAAUAGUUUUGUAGCUGUGUUCAAUUGUAAGUAGAGUAUCAUCCAAGUUGGUGUCCCACUAUGCAGAAUUUUUGGAUUAGAGCAAAGAAAGGUUGAACAAAACAAAACAAAAAAAAAAAGACAUUGUUCCGUUUCAGUUCUGUAGAGAGGUUAGGACAUUUGGUUCGUUUUUUUCAUUUUGUGUUUGUCAGUGUUGUCAGGAUGAUUUUGUUUAUUUAUAUUUAUUAUGAUUCAAUUUUUUCUAACUAUUACCAUGUUGCCUUGUGGUCUGUAAAAAUGUAACUUCUUAUUGCUGUAGUAACUAUUGUCAUUGUUUUUUUUGUUUAUUUUAUUUGUUAUGUUGUUAUUUUUUUAAUAUAAUGGAGGUUGUUUCUUCCAUUAAGUAGAUGAAUGUCCUUGCUGGAAUCUUGUUUUCUCGAUUGUCAUUUUUGUAGAGGAUUGAGAAGAUAAGAAGUGACCAAAUUAUCAAGAUCUUAUAAAGUUGAUUUCCUGCAACCACAUUUGAGCAUUACAGCUUCCACUAGUAAGGUUACUACUGUAAUUGCUAUUGUUGUUAAUGGUAUUCGUAUAAUUAUGAUUAUUAUUAUUAUUAUUGCUACUACUAUCAUAUUUGUAUUAAUCAUUGCCAACUUCAUCACUUUCAUUAUAAUGAUUUUUUCAAAUAAUUUGAAAAUGUUGGUAUUGGUAUUGUAUCACAGCGAUGCAUAUUAAUGCUAUUGGAAGAAGAGGACGGUCUUCAUUCUUACCAUCGACUUUUUUUAUCGAACAUUUAUUUUUUUUCUUUUAAUAUUUAUAUAUAUUGAAUAUAUAGGUAUGUGGUAAGAAGUGCUCUGGAAAGCCUCACAAGAAAUAUAAGUCAAAAGACUUAGGAAAUGACUCAAUAGACAGACGUGGGCAAAGACUUAGAGAAGAUCUGACUGGCUGGAAUCCCAGAAAACCAAGAGACAAAGCUGUUCUUUGGUCGAAUGUUCUCGUCAGUUGCAUAGCUAGUUGUAACCUGCCUGUAGACACAGCUGUUGUGUUCUUCAUUUGUUUUAGUUAUUGUAAUUUUAUUCAUCCAGGCUGGUAGUCUGGCAGAUAGAUAGAAAAUUGAGAAGGAGACAGAGAGAAAAGAUAGGAAUGUCAUAUAAUUAUUUCUUCAUUUAGCUUAGCAAGAUUGAGAAACAUUUACAAUAGGGUUUUCUGGCUCACUGACCCACUCACAACUUUUUUUGAAGACCCAACAGUACGACUGAGGACGAGUUUGCAAAGCAAGACCUUGGAGAAGUGCGAUGGUGAGAUCUGAUGGCCACUAGGAAUGCCGUCUUGUAUUAAUUGUUAGUUGUUUUCAUAUACUUUUUUUUUCUUUUAAGUUUUAAAAUACCCGUACUUUCCUCUAGUGGUCUUAAGGACGCAGACUUGCCGUGACUUUGAUCACAUGUACCUGUUCGGGAACAUAGUCGGUGUUCAAUCAUUUUAUAUGAUGGGCCACAUUUCCCUAGGAAUCUAAUUUAUGUAUAUAUUUAUUAUCAUGAUUUUUUUUUAAAUAAAUAAAAAAAAUAAACAUUUUUAUGCAUUAUUGUAAAGCCAUAAAUUCUUGGUCACCAGAAGUGCACAAAGAAAAAUGCAAAGUACAAUUGCAAGACCAGCUAAUUUUCUGUCGUGUUCGCUGUUAUUUUGUGCCAGGAUCAUGCCAGAUUUCUGUUUGUAUUUGCCCAAAGUUUGGUUGUGUUUGAAGUAUGGAUGUAAAUAGUUAUUUGUGAUGAAACCAUUAUAGUAUGAUUUCUGAAACCCCUCCAAAUGAAUAAUAGUAAAAUAGGUACGCAGCAAUUUUGUAAAAUGUUUGACGAUGUGUACGUUUUGCUAAAGCAGACAUUGAGCAGAAAGGAGGUAUUGUUCUCUUGGAGAAUUCCAUGUAUUUUCACUUUUAGUAAUAAGGCUUACAUUUGCAUACAAUAUAAAGGAAAUAACAAUAUAAACCAAACACACAAA